CUGCAAUCAGCCUUCAACUGCGGUGAGCAGUCAUAUGAUCAAUACGGUGUAAAAAUGUCUCAGCUCCUGUUUAACAUGAGCAAUGGUUACCUCGAAGGUUUGGUUCGAGGUUUUAAAGGCGGAAUUCUGAAGCAGAGCGAUUACUUGAACCUCGUGCAAUGCGAGACUCUCGAAGACUUGAAACUUCACCUCCAGAGCACAGAUUAUGGUAAUUUCUUGGCAAAUGAAGCAAGUCCUCUCACUGUUUCGGUUAUCGAUGACAAGCUGCGGGAAAAACUUGUGGUGGAAUUUCGGCACAUGAGAAAUCAUGCUGUUGAACCACUGGCCACUUUCUUAGACUAUAUCACGUACAGCUACAUGAUUGACAACAUCAUCCUGCUGAUCACAGGGACCCUGCACCAACGGCCUAUUGGAGAGCUGAUCCCAAAGUGCCACCCUUUGGGCAGUUUUGAUCAAAUGGAGGCCAUCCACAUUGCCUCCACACCUGCAGAACUCUACAAUGCAGUGAUAGUUGACACACCUCUUGCACCUUUCUUCGUGGAUUGUAUUUCUGAACAAGAUCUUGAUGAAAUGAAUAUUGAAAUCAUCCGCAACACCCUGUACAAGGCAUACCUGGAAAACUUCUACAAGUUCUGUGAAAGUAUUGGAGGCACUACUGCAGAUGUCAUGCUCGAAAUCCUAGCUUUUGAGGCUGACCGUCGGGCAUUUAUUAUCACCAUCAACUCAUUUGGCACUGAACUAACAAAAGAAGACAGAGCGAAGCUCUUUCCCAAAUGUGGUCACCUCUACCCUGAUGGACUGAAUGCCCUUGCUAAAGCGGAUGACUAUGACCAAGUACGGAGCAUCGCGGAAUUCUAUGCACAAUACAAUGUGCUGUUUGGUGGAGCGGGAAACAAUCCUGAUGAGAGGACACUUGAGGACAAGUUCUUUGAGCAUGAGGUGAUGCUCAACGUAAAUGCCUUCAUGCAGCAGUUCCAUUCUGGCGUCUUCUAUGCGUACGUGAAGCUGAAAGAACAGGAGUGCCGCAACAUCGUCUGGAUUGCAGAGUGUGUUGCACAGCGCCACCGUUCAAAGAUCGACAACUACAUCCCGAUCUUCUAGUUAUUUUCUAAUAGAUAUCUGGCUUAAGUAGUUCAGUGUAGUGUGUACCAUGCAUGGCUAAACUUUGCCAUUGAAGUGCUGGUUCCAAAGUGCUUGUUAAGAGGUAACUCAGAGAUGGAAUAUGUUUGUUGUCUGUGUGGUAAUCAGAGGUCCGAAUUGCAAUUUAAAAGCUGUUUUAUGUUAACCUGUUACAGCAGCUCAUCUGCAAUUGUUUUAAAGGGCUAAAAUAAACCUAUAGUCCCUUGUGCGCAUGUAUUUAUUCUGGACCUUUAUAAUGCCCUCGUCAUGUAUAUAAUACCUCUAUACAUAUACAUAUAUUGUACAAGCAGUAUGUUUAUUCUGUGUUUCACUGAGACAAUAAAUGUGCAAAAUGAUUGUCAUACUGGUAUUCUAAGUUUGCAUCGGUGAUUGUGUGUGAAGUUGUGUCGAAUCUGAAGUGAAAACCAUCAGAAAACCUUUUCCAUGGAAACUGGAAAUGAGCUUGAGUGUUGUACAUCUUUUUUUAUGCUAUAGUUUAACUGGAAAAAUAGUUUUCAAUUCAAUUCAGCUCUGUCAGCCUUUUUCUGUAUGCUGUGGCUGUUAGAAAUUUCAUUUUAUUGUAACAAAGGGGGAACAUUCCAACACAUUUUUUAGCUAGUCAGCUUUCAAGUUUAAAAGGCCUUUCGCACUGCCAAUGUGAAAAGGUAAGAGCCACUCCGACCUCUGAUACCAUGUGGUGCGCAGGUGAUUUAAUUGGUGGAUAGUGACUGUAGACACUUUUUGUGACGGUAGAAUGUGAUGUACGAGUUUGGAGCACUCAAAAACAUGACCACAUUUCAUUAGGGGCGUGCAAAUACAGUCGACUUCCGUUAAUUCAAUCCUGAUGGGACUGAUGAAAUUGAUCGAAUUAUCUGGCGGGUCGAAUUAAACGAGAUGCAUAAAAAAUGUCAACACACAAUCGAUUGAUUUGGCAGUAUUUGCCAGAGUCUAACACGCCCCAGAGUCAAACGCGCGCCCAUGUUCUAUGUGUUUAAAGCAGAAAACUAACAUGGAAAUUACAUUAAAGCUCCUAAACAAAGUAGAAAUUUAGCACGCACGUGAUUUUUUAGCCAGAAUGUGUUGCACAAUGGCGGCCACUUUCUUAAAGUUAGCUUUUCUGCACCGUCUUUUAAGUCAGCUUCGCUGCAAUACAUUUGUGUCAUGCGGUAAAGUGUACAAACACUGCGAAGGCGUUUUUUUUUUUUUUUUUCGUAUUUCAUUGCACCCCGCAGUCAAUUUCUGGCCGAAUUUUGUUGAAAAGAAAAAAGAUGUGCUUUAGAAUGGGGUAAAUACCGUGAUCAGACAUUGUGAGCUAUGGUUACUGCUUGAAAGUCUUCGUAGGGUAGGCUGAAAAUAGCAGUUUUGGCCGGGAGAUUUUGUGUGUUCGACACAUUCCCUGUACUCUCAGCACUGGCAAGACGGAUGGUGCCACUAUUGCAGUCACCACUGCGGUCACCAUUGGGUUCAGGCCAAGUUCGAAUUAUCUGGCGAAAGCCAAUUUUAAGAUCGAAAUAAUUAAAGUUUGGGCCCAUAGAAAUCUCAGCGCUGGCCGGGACCUUUGGUCGGGAUCAAAUUAACCAAAAAAUUGAAUUAACAGGAGUCGAAUUAACGAGAAGCUACUGUAUAGUAAUUUUUGAGGCCUAAUCAAAUACGAAUCAAAUACCGUAGUGCUAAAGUGAAUUGAAUCGAAUUUCGAGUAGUUUUUGUAUAAUGAACAGCCUUUUCACAAAUAAUGUAACACUAUGUUCGCAUCCUAAUAUUAAUAAAAUUAUGUUUCUGUCA